AUGCGCCGCAACAAGCGCUGUCUCCUCGCGUACCACCGCGUGCGCACCGAGAAGCUCGAAGAGCUCUGCUGGACGGGCAUCGACGUGCUUGAGCAGCAGGUGCCCCCGGCCGCGGAGGACGGUGCCCAGACUGUUGCGAGCUCGCAGAGCGGAAACCACAGCUCGUUGAGUCCCGAGGAGGAAGAGUAUUUUCGGCAGUAUAGUGAUUUGUUGGCGGCUUAUAAGGGGCAGUGGACUGAUGUGGAUCUUACGGGGGCGUUGGAACCGCCUAAGGAUUUGUUUAUUGAUGUUAGGGUUCUUAAGGAUGCGGGGGAGAUUCAGACCGAGUAUGGGGUGAUUAAUUUGACGAAAAAUAGUCAAUUGUAUGUGCGGCAGGGGGAUGUGGAACGAUUGAUUGCGCAGGGUUUCUUGGAGCGGUUGAGUUGA